AUGACUACCAUUGGAUAUAGCCUCUCAUUUUCUUGGAACAGGCCUUCAUCCCAGGUCUUUCCUGUUGAAAUGGUGAGUGUGGGUGUAGGCACAAGCCCAGAAAGGACAACAGAAUCCAGACCAGAAUCCAGCAGGUCUGGCGUGGAGACAGAUGCGGCUGUCUUGCAAAGGAGGCAGAAGCAGAUAGACUAUGGGAAAAACACCAUUGGUUACCAGUGCUUUAUCCAGCAGGUGCCCAAGGCUGCUCGGCAGCCAGGUGUUCACCCAAGAACUCCAAAUAAAUAUAAGAAGUACAGUCGCCGCUCCUGGGAUAUGCAGAUCAAACUGUGGCGACGGGCACUGCAUGGCUGGGACCCGCCUGGACUUGAGUUCUCAGGAACUGGACAGGGAAGUUUUUGCUAG